UCACAAAAUAUAAAAGGAAAAGGAAAAGAAAAAAAAAAAAAAAGUUGUCACAUUCAAUGUUUUGCUGAUUCCAAAAUCCGAUGAUGACAAAGUAAAUUCCUUUGUCCUUCUGUCUUUUAUAAUCCUAAAAUCCUAUCCUCAGCUCGCUUCAGUCUCCAAUUGCCUGUCAAGUCAGUUCGAAGGUUUUGAGACUUAGUUGUUAAAGAUUUUCAUUUCCAAUGGGGAACGCCUCAUCAAUGCUUACUCAAUAUGAUAUAGAAGAGGUUCAAAGACACUGCCAUAAUCUAUUCUCCCAGCAAGAAAUAGUGUCCUUGUAUCAAAGAUUUUGCCAGCUAGAUCGUAAUGCAAAAGGGUUCAUUUCAGCUGAUGAAUUCUUAUCGGUGCCUGAGUUUGCAAUGAAUCCACUCUGUCAGAGGCUACUUAAAAUGGUGGAUGGUUUGAACUUCAAGGACUUUGUGGCCUUCUUAUCUGCAUUUAGUGCUAAAGCAAGUGUGGAACAGAAAAUAGGACUUAUAUUUAAGGUAUACGACUCAGAUGGUAAUGGAAAAGUAUCUUUCAAGGACAUAUUAGAAGUGCUUCAAGAUUUGUCUGGCUCUUUUAUGUCUGAUGAGCAAAGAGAGCAAGUGUUGUGCCAAGUUUUGAAGGAGGCAGGUUACACAAGGGAAUCUUACUUAAUGCUUGAUGACUUUAUUAAGGUUUUUGGAAACUCUGGCCUAACAAUGGAGGUUGAGGUUCCAGUUGAUUAAUCUGACCAGGCAGUCUUUCCAUACUUCGAAAACAAGCGUCAGCUGCAUCUUUUGUAAACUCUGCAAAGACGUCUGUUUUUUUCUUUUUUUCUUUUUUCCCCCACUUGUCUAUAUCCUCAAAGAAAAAUGAAAACUAAGCAACUUGUCCAUUGUAAUAAACUUUCAGCUUAUUCUUAAUGGUUCAUCACCACUUUGCAA